AUGGACGACCGGAAGAGCUACGUGGUCACUGCGCACAAGCCGACGAGCGUCUCGCACUCGGUCGUCGGGCGCUUCACGGGCGCCAGCGACGUCAACCUCGUGCUUGCCAAGACCACGCGCGUCGAGAUCCACCUGCUUACGCCCGAAGGGCUCACGCCCGUCCACGACGUGGCGAUCUAUGGUCGCAUCACGAUGCUCGAGGUGUUUCGCCCGCCCUCGUCGCCCGUGGACCUCCUCUUUGUGUGCACGCAGCGGCACCAGUUUUGCGUCCUCGCGUACGAUCCGGCGACCAAGAGCAUUGUCACGCGGGCCCAAGGCAACAUUCGCGACCCGAUUGGCCGCAUGAGCGACGUCGUCACGAGCGGCAACAUUGACCCGGAAGGCCGCCUCAUUGGCAUGAACCUCUACGAAGGCUACUUUAAAGUGAUUCCCAUGGACGCAAGUGGCAAGCUCUCGGACGCGUUCAACAUUCGCAUGGACGAGCUGCGCGUCAUCGACGUCAAGUUUCUCUUUGGCUGCGCCAAGCCCACGAUCGCAGUGCUGUACGAAGACCAGAAGGGCCGGCACGUCAAGACGUACGUCGUCUUGGCCAAGGAGCGAGAGCUGGCCGAAGGGCCGUGGAGCCAGUCGCAUGUCGAGUCGAGCGCCAACUUGCUCAUUCCCGUGCCGGCGCCCGCGGGCGGCGUCCUCAUCGUGAGCCAGCAGAUGAUCGUGUACCACAACGGCAGCACGUGCCAUGCUAUCUCAAUGCAGAGCACGAUCAUCCAGGUGUACGGGCAGGUCGACCGGGAUGGCUCGCGCUUCCUCUUGGCCGACCAGUUUGGUCUCCUUCAAGUCGUCGCUCUGCAGCGCAACAAGGACGUGGUGACGGGCAUUGCGCUUGAAGUGCUCGGCGAGACCAGCAUCGCGUCGACGCUCUCGUACCUUGACAACGGCGUCGUCUUUGUCGGCAGCGCGACCGGCGACUCGCAGCUCGUCAAGCUCCUUCCCGCGCGCGACACGACAACCGGCUCGUACCUCGAGGUGCUCGACGCCUACGUCAACAUUGGCCCGAUUGUCGACUUUGUCGUAAUGGACCUCGACCGCCAAGGCCAAGGUCAAGUGGUGACCUGCAGCGGCGCGUACAAGGACGGGUCCCUUCGCAUCAUCCGCAACGGCAUUGGCAUCAACGAACAAGCGGCGACCGAGCUCCCGGGCAUCAAGGGCAUGUGGGCGCUCCGCAUGUCGUUUGCCGCCGACCAAGACGCGUACCUCGUCCAGAGCUUCGUGUCGGAGACGCGCGUGUUGGGGUUCUCGACCGACGGCGACGACGGUGACGUUGAGCUCGCCGAGCACGAGAUCCAGGGCUUGAACCCGUCCAAGACGCUCCUCUGCCGCAACGUGCUUGGCGAUGCGUGGCUUCAAGUCACCGAGUUUGACGUGCGACUGAUUGCGUGUGCGACGAGCGCGGUCCUUGCGACGUGGAAGGCGCCGGGUCGCAUCACGGUCGCGGCUGCCAACCCGUCCCAAGCCGUCGUUGCGAUCGCCGGCGGUGUCCUCAUCUACUUUGAAAUCGACGGCGCGCAGCUGCAUCUCGUGGCAGAGACGCGCAUGGCCCACGAGAUUGCGUGUCUCGACAUUUCGCCGCCGACGAGCGACACGAAGAGCGUGGACGGCCGCCACUGGGAGACGCGGCUGCCGAAGGCGUCGCGCGUCGUCGUCGGUCUCUGGUCGGAGCUCUCGGUGUCGCUGCUGUCGCUGCCGAGCUUGGCGCUCGAGACCAAGCAACUGCUCGGCGGCGACGUGCUGCCGCGCUCGCUGCUCACAAUCGCCUUUGAGAGCGUGGCGCAUCUGCUUGUGGGCAUGGGCGACGGCACGCUGCUCGUGUUUACGCUUGCGCACGACGGGUCGCUCGCGCCGCUCAAGCGCAUUAGCCUCGGCACGCAGCCGAUCUUGUUGUCGGCGUUCCGGUCCAAGGACGUGUUGCACGUGUUUGCGGCUUCGGACCGCCCGACGGUCAUCUACAGCAGCAACGGCAAGCUCCACUUUUCCAACGUGAAUGCGAAAGAAGUGAGCGUCAUGUGCGCCUUCGACUCGCCCGCGCUGCCCGACUGCCUCGCGCUCGCGUCGCCGGAUGAGCUCACGCUCGGCACGAUCGACGACAUUCAAAAGCUGCAUGUGCAGAGCGUCCCGCUGCACGAGUGGCCGCGCCGGCUCGCGCACGACCCGGUGUCGCACACGCUCGGCGUCACGACCAUCAAGUACACGCUGGACGAGACGCACAUGGAGGAGGUCGAGGUCGGCUACGUGCGCCUUCUGGACGACCAGUCAUUCGAUACGCUGCAUGCAUACAAGCUGGAUCCGUUUGAGAUUGGGUGUGCGAUCGUGUCGGCGUCGUUCGACGACGCGUCCCGCUACUACUGCGUCGGGACGGCGUACGUGCAUGAAGAGGAGCUCGAGCCGCACCAAGGCCGCAUCCUCGUCUUCCAGGUCGUCGCGUCCAAGCUCGUGCUCGUGGCUGAGAAGGAAGUCAAGGGCGCGGUCUACUGUCUGAACGCGUUCCAGAACAAGCUGCUCGCGGGCAUCAACAGCAAGACCCAAGUGUACAAGUGGAGCGACACGGACGACCUCGAGAAGGAGCUCGUCGCCGAAUGCGGCCACCACGGCCACACGCUCGUGCUCUUCCUCGAGUCGCGCGGCGACUUUAUCGCGGUCGGCGACCUCAUGAAGUCGGUCUCGCUGCUCAACUACAAGGCGCUCGAUGGCAGCGUCGAGGAAGUCGCCAAGGACCUCAACUCGAACUGGAUGACGGCGAUCGAUAUGCUGGACGACGACCACGUGCUCGGGGCGGAGGCCGACUUGAACCUCUUUUGCGUCCAGCGACAGAGCGGUGCGACGACCGACGAGGAGCGCGCGCGCCUCGAGUGCGUGGGCGAGUUUCACCUUGGCGAUUUCGUCAACCGGUUCCGGCACGGCUCGCUCGUGAUGCAACCGCCGGGCGCGACGAGCUCGCUCUUUGGGACUGUCAGCGGCAUGCUCGGCGUCGUCUUGCCAUUGGAUGCGGCGCAGUAUACGUUUCUCUCGCGGCUCACGAGUGCCAUCAACAAGGUGGGCAAGGGCGUCGGCGGGCUCCUCCACAAGGACUGGCGCAUGUACGAGAGCAAGCGGCACGUGAGCGAAGCCAAGAACUUUAUCGACGGCGACCUCGUCGAGAGCUUCCUCGACUUGCCAAAGGCGCGCAUGGCGCAGGUCGUCGAGCUGCUCAACGGCGACGGCGCCAUGGACGGCAGCCCGCCCGUCACGAUCGACGACGUGAUGGCGACCGUCGAAGACCUCGCGCAGCGUCAUUAG